GCCUGGUUUCCUCGAGGGUGCGCUUUAGUGUAGCGCGCGGCGCGCUCCUCACCGCAAGUCUUCCCUCCUCUUCCCACCGUCUUCCGCGCCAGGUCCUGCCAUGGAGCUGCGCUCCGAGCUGCCCAGCGUGCCCGGCGCGGCGACGGCGGCGGCGACAGCGACUGGGCCGCCAGUAGCGUCGGUGGCGUCGGUAGCGGCCGCGGCGGCGGCGGCCGCUUCGCUCCCGGUGAGCGUGGCGGGAGGCUUGCUGCGGGCGCCUCCGCUGUUGUUGCGCGCGGCGGAGAAGUACCCUAGGACCCCCAAGUGCGCGCGCUGCCGCAAUCACGGCGUGGUGUCGGCGCUCAAGGGCCACAAACGGUACUGCCGUUGGAAGGACUGCCUGUGCGCCAAGUGCACGCUCAUCGCUGAGCGCCAGCGCGUCAUGGCGGCGCAGGUGGCGCUGCGCAGGCAACAGGCGCAGGAAGAGAACGAGGCGCGCGAGUUACAGCUGCUCUACGGUACCGCCGAGGGCCUGGCGCUAGCAGCCGCCAACGGCAUCAUCCCGCCUCGACCAGCCUACGAGGUCUUCGGUUCUGUGUGCGCCACCGAUGGCGGGGGCCCGGGAGCAGGAACGCCCGCGGGGACCGGAGGAGGCUCAGCGGGCGCUGGAAGCUCAGAGGCCAAGUUACAGAAGUUUGACCUGUUCCCCAAGACGCUGCUUCAAGCAGGCCGCCCUUGUAGCCCGCAGCCUCCGGGAAAGCCCUUAUCACCCGACGGCGCUGACUCGGGUCCUGGGACUUCGUCCCCGGAGGUACGGCCGGGCUCGGGCUCAGAGAACGGUGACGGCGAGUCCUUUUCGGGGUCUCCCUUGGCCCGGGCCUCCAAGGAGGCAGGUGGCAGUUGCUCUGGUAGCGCUGGUCCAGGAGGUGGCGGCGAGGAGGACAGUCCGGGCUCUGCCAGCCCUCUGGGCUCCGAGUCCGGUUCGGAGGCUGACAAAGAAGAGGCAGAGGCUGUGCCUGCACCAGGCCUAGGCGGGGGUCCGGGUCCACGGCAGCGGACGCCGCUGGACAUCUUGACGCGCGUCUUCCCGGGCCACCGGAGAGGUGUCUUGGAGCUAGUGUUGCAGGGCUGUGGCGGAGACGUGGUGCAGGCCAUCGAGCAGGUGCUGAACCACCACCGCGGAGGCCUGACUGCCGGCCUCGGCCCCACCGCACCCCCGGAUAAGGCAGCAGUGGGGGUCGUAGCAGCAGCGGACGACGCGUGGCCCGGCCGCGUCGACGCCGCCGCCACCGGAGGUCCUGGGCUGGCCGCACCUCUGCAGGCUGGUCCAGCCGCACCUCCGCACCACAGACCUUUGUUGGCUGGCGCCAUGGCUCCUGGGGCGCUAGGCUCGCUGAGCAGCCGCUCGGCCUUCUCGCCCCUGCAGCCCAACGCCAGUCACUUCGGCGCUGACGCAGGCGCCUACCCGCUGGGCGCACCUCUUGGUCUUAGCCCGCUGCGCCUGGCCUACUCGGCGGCAGCGGCGCACAGCCGCGGUCUCGCCUUCAUGGCUCCCUACUCCACAGCGGGCCUGGUGCCCACACUGGGCUUCCGUCCGCCCAUGGACUACGCCUUUAGCGAUCUUAUGCGCGAUCGCUCCGCCGCCGCCGCCGCUGUGCACAAGGAGCCGACUUACGGCGGUGGCCUGUAUGGGCCUAUGGUCAACGGUGCCCCCGAGAAGCAGUAGGGCGAGGGGCGUGCAAGCCGGGUGGCCUCCGAACAGGGACUAGCUUUGUCCCCGCGGGCCGCCAGCCCCUUCGCCCGCCCAGUGUGUUCUCUGCGCCCAGGCUGGGGUUUUCUUGCUCCAAGGUGGUUUUCGGUUUUGUUUUGGAGGCAGGGUGAGGAGAAAUGAGCAA